UAUCGAAAAAAUAUCAGAAAAUCCAUGUUGUCCAUUAUGUCACAAAGAUAUGUCCAAUAACGAGACUAUGGACCUUACUACUGAAUUAUCUGAUGAAAUACUACAUUUGCCAGAUAAUAUAAGACGAGCGGAAAAGAUUUUGAAAGAAAAUCAGUUAAAAUACGAAAACUUACUGCAGUUAAAGCCUGUCAUUGAAAAGGUCGCAAAGCUAGAAAAGGAUAUACCUAAACGCAAGAAACAGUUAAAUGAUAUUAAAGAUAAAUUGGCAGCAUGUGCUAUUGAAUUAGAUACUUUACAACAGCAAAUUGCGGAACCAACUGCAAAAAUGGAUUUGGCUAACUCAAUGUUAAGUGACAUGACUAUUUUGGAUGAAGCUAUUAAGGAUGUUGCACGUUUUAAAGAUGAACUACAUAAAUUAAAGACUAAAUUACCGAGUGACUAUAAUCCAGAUGAUACUGUUUCUAUAGAAAAUCUUCAAUUAGAAAAAACUACACUCUCGGCAGAAUUGGAAAAUGAACGAAAAAGUAUAGAAAAUAUGCAACAUUUAUACGAAAAAGUAAUGGAAUCUUUGAAUACCCUUCGCGAAAAAAAGAAUACGUUAAAAGACGAACAGAUAAAAUUACAGGAAGGUGUACAGUCUUUGCCACAAUUAAAAGAUAGACAAAUUGAACUUGUUAAUCUAGUUGAAACGGUUAAAAUCGAAUUACAACAAUCACAAGCGAAAGUUAAUCCUUUGGGACAGAAGCUUAAAACUGCUAUAGUUGAAAAAGCUAAAUGCAAAGAAUUGAAUCGGAAAAAGUUGCAACAACUACAGUCAAAGUUGGAAAAGCAUAAAAAUCUGAAUCAGGAUAUAAAAAGGUAUAUAAGAAAAUGACUUUAU